AUGUCCAACAAAUUCACUGCAACAUUCAAGAAGUUGUGGGAUUCUCCUAUUGGAUUGAAGACCACUCACUUUUGGGGACCAGUGGCCAACUGGGGAAUUGCUUUGGCUGGCUUGGCAGAUUACAAACGUCCUCCAGAAAAAGUUUCCGGACCAAUGACAGUUGCUUUGUGUGCAUAUAGUGCAGUUUUUAUGAGAUUUGCAUGGAUGGUUAAACCACGUAAUAUGCUUUUAUUAUACUGUCACGUUGUCAAUGAAAGUGUUCAAUUGUAUCACUUGUCAAGAAAGAUUCAUUACGAAUUUACAAAACCAAAAAUUGAUCUUCCACCAACUCAAAAUUAA